AAAUGGUGGGAGCAGGCGGCCUACAAUAACGAGAGGGUGGAAGGCAAAGCGAGGUGCGUCCAUACAAUAUACAGUCUCACCCCGUCUGGCAAUGGCGGUCGUGACGGUGGAGAACCGGGCCAUCGUGGAAAAAACAAACAAAUGGGAAGGAAUCAACGGUACGGCGUUCGAGGCGGACCCGAGCAAGAAUGAGGGAAAAACUGAUCGUUUCUUUCCCAGUUGGGAUUUUCGGACACGUGGAGGGACCCUAUUGGGUGUUAGGAACCGACUACAAUACUUACACUGUUGUAUACAGCUGUCAAAACUUUUUAUUCUUCUGGCGAUACUAUACAAUCUGGUUUUCUCGGUAGAUACCAGAUAUUCCCUACGGACGAAGAUCAAGCGGACUUUUUCAGAAAAGCAAACCAAGUCUUGGAGGUACAUAACUUUGACCCUUCCAUGAUGCAUCUUUCCAAUCAGAUGAACUGUAAUAUAUAGAUCUAAGAUGAUAAUUAUAACGUGUUUAAUAAAUUA